AUGGAUCUCUGUUCAGAUAUUCUUCAAUUACGAUAUCAAUUAGAAACAAAUUUAUUUUUGAAAAUACCUAAAAAUGAAUAUCUGAUCAUACUACUUGAUUCAAUAGAUCAACUUGAAACAGAUGCAUAUGAUUGUGAAUGGUUACCGAUUUUUUUUUCAAAAAAUGUCAAAUGUAUCGUUUCAACUUUACCUGAUCAUGGUGAUAUACUUUCGAAUUUCGAAAUAAUUAUCUAUUAUGAUCCAUCAUGGAUUGAAAAUACGCAACAUUUACUUGUUCUUGUACCACCAUUCGAAGCAUCAACUGUUGAUAGUGUUUUUAAUGAUUGGCGGGUGUGGGUGUGGGUUCGGCUGCAGAUAUAG